GUAAUUUCAGCUAUCAGCUCCAACAUUGUUAGCUUUCAGUUUCAGCAUCUUCAGCGGCCAUUCAGCUUAGAUAACCUCCACUAGUAUUGCAGAUAAUGUAUUAUUUCAGUUCAUAAUUAUGUUAAAAAGUUACCAUUUUAAAAAUGUCGUUUUAGGGUGAUUGAUAAAUGUUUAUUCUGUUCAGGUGUUUUGGAUUUUAGCUCCUUGUUCGGUUGAGUUUGACACCCCUGAUUAAAGUCUCUCCAGAGCCCAGCAGGGAUCCGUCCAUCCGUCUCCCAGCCCCACCCCUCCCGCGCAUCCCUCCAUCCCUCUCUCUGCUGAAGGAGGAGGAGAAGAAGGGAGCGCGCGCGCGGAGCUGCGGAGCGCUGCUGCUGCUGCUGCCUCCGAACUGUCCUGCCCUCCUGAGCGGGAUCAGGGGGGCUUCCACUCCGAGGAUUAAGGCUUCCAGCUCUGUGGAUUCAGAGGAGAGAGCGCACCGCGCGCGCGGCGCACCGGAGCGCGUUCCUCCAGUUGUGGCGCGCGGGCAGAAAAGCCACCACGCUGAUUCACGCACAUGGCCGCGCCCCCCUUGCUUCAGCUAUUCUGAUCGGACUUUCACUCUCACGCGCCAGUCACUCUGCAUGCACGUGCACAGCCCCGCAUCCGCGAGAGGCGUAAAAAGAUGAGCGGAGCCGGCUCGGGCGCUCAGCGGGAACGCGCGUCCGGGCUCGGGCUGGAGGAGCGGCACACGCCGGGGUGGAGGAGCGACCGUCCGGACUGCCCGCCGCGGAGCUGCCGCUGCUGCGGGGGGAGGAGGAGCGGCGCCCCCGCCUCCAGCUCCCGUUUUCCUGUCGUUUUACCUCCGACUAAUUAAUCUGGAGACGCCACAUAACGAGCCGCGCGCUACUUCAUAACUGUCACCACUCUGGCACUUUGGGGUCACCUUACACGAAUCCAGCACUUUGGAGAGGAGAGCUCUGCUUUAAUUAGCUGCUUCCUUUAAUGCUUCAAGAAAUGCGUGUUUGCAAACAGUUUGGAAGCAUUGCACUUGAACUAAAAUAAAGAAAACUUUAUUGAUCCACAUGGAAACAUCCGGGAACCAGGAGAGAGGACCGCUUACAUCUAAGUUCUCUUUUUGUCCAUAAACGGGGACUUUUUCAGCAAUAUCGUUUUUACUGGUUUUGAUGUUGUUUGGCCUUAAUGAAACAACCCCCCCUGCCCAACAGGAGGAAGGACCCCCGCUUUUCGUCCUGCAGGUGCUGAUUGCAGACAGUUAUUUUUAGAAAUCACUGUGGCUUCUGGAUUAUCUGCUCAGAGCGGCGAUGUUUGAGCUCAAGCUGUGAGGGUUGUCAUUUUUGUUUCCCUGCUGGCACCAUCUUCUGGGAGGGGGGUCAAUACUGUGACCUGGACCUAAAGCACAACGCCUGAAACAGAUCAUCGCGCUCGGCGGAAGAGCAUAGCCACUGGGAAGCAGCCCAGCAUGGAGGUCCCGCCCACUGCCCCCCUUCAGCCCUUCCGACAAUCCAGUUUCCUCAGUAGACGGUUGAAGGGCUCAAUCAAGAGGGCCAAGAGUCAGCCCAAACUGGACCGAACCAGCAGUUUCCGCCAGAUGAUCCUCCCCCGCUUCCGCAGUGCUGACCAAGACAGGACCCGUUUGAUGCAGAGCUUCAAAGAGUCCCACUCCCAUGAGUCCCUGCUGUCCCCCAGCAGCGCCGCUGAGGCGCUGGACCUCACGCUGGACGAGGACGCCAUCAUCAAACCUGUGCAUUCGAGCAUCCUGGGGCAGGAGUACUGCUUCGAGGUGACUACGGCUUCGGGAACCAAGUGCUUUGCGUGUCGCUCAGCUGCAGAGAGAGACAAAUGGAUCGAGAACCUGCAGAGAGCUGUCAAGCCCAACAAGGACAACAGCCGGAGGGUGGACAAUGUGCUGAAACUGUGGAUCAUCGAGGCCCGAGAGCUCCCGGCCAAGAAGCGCUACUACUGCGAGCUGUGCCUGGACGACAUGCUGUACGCGCGCACCACCAGCAAGCCCCGCACCGACACCGUCUUCUGGGGCGAGCACUUCGAGUUCAACAACCUGCCGGCCGUCCGCAACCUCCGCCUUCAUCUUUACAAAGAGACGGACAAGAAGAGACGCAAGGAAAAGAGCACAUAUUUAGGGCUGGUCAGCAUCCCCAUCUCCAGCAUCACCGGACGGCAGUUUGUGGAGCAGUGGUACCCGGUCAUCCAGCCCAGCGUCCUCACAAAGGGAGCCGGCGUCGGAGGAGGGAAGAUCAUCAACGCAUCGCUUCGCCUGAAGUCCCGCUUCCAGACCAUGAACAUCCUGCCCAUGGAGCUUUACAAGGAGUUCGCGGAGUACGUCACCAACAACUACCGCACCCUGUGCGCCGUGCUGGAGCCCGUGCUGAGCGUCAAGAGCAAAGAGGAGGUGGCGUGUGCUUUGGUGCACAUACUGCAGAGCACGGGAAAGGCCAAGGAUUUCCUGUCGGACAUGGCGAUGUGUGAAGUGGACAGAUUCAUCGACCGCGAACACCUUAUCUUCAGAGAGAACACUCUGGCCACCAAAGCCAUAGAAGAGUACCUCAAACUGAUCGGACACAAGUACCUCAAGGAUGCCAUCGGGGAGUUCAUAAGAGCCUUGUACGAGUCAGAAGAAAAUUGUGAAGUGGACCCGAUGAGAAUAUCACCUUCAAUUCUGCCAGACCAUCAAGCCAACCUUCGCAUGUGCUGUGAGCUGGCCCUCUGCAAAAUCGUCAACUCCCAUUGCGUGUUCCCUCGAGAGCUGAAGGAAGUCUUUGCCUCCUGGAGGGUGCGCUGCGCAGAGCGCGGCCGCGAGGAUAUUGCAGACCGUCUCAUCAGCGGCUCUCUGUUCCUGCGCUUCCUGUGUCCGGCCAUCAUGUCCCCGUCGCUGUUCAACCUCACCCAGGAGUACCCGGAUGAGCAGACGUCUCGCACGCUCACCCUCAUCGCUAAAGUCGUGCAAAACCUGGCCAACUUCUCCAAGUUUGGCAGCAAAGAGGAGUACAUGUGUUUCAUGAAUGAGUUCCUAGAGAUGGAGUGGGGCUCCAUGCAGCAGUUCCUCUAUGAAAUCUCCAACCUGGACAGCGUCAGCAACGCAGGCGGCUUCGAGGGAUACAUCGACCUGGGCCGGGAGCUGUCCAUUCUGCACAGCCUCCUGUGGGAGGUCAUGGCUCAGCUCAGUAAGGACGCCAUUAUCAAACUGGGUCCUUUGCCCCGCCUCCUGAACGACAUCAGCAUGGCCCUGCGUAACCCCCACCUCCAGAGGCAGCCGAGCCAUCAAACCGACAGGGUGCCGGACAGGCAGACGGACCGGCUGCUGUCCCGGCCCAGCUUCAACCGGGGCAUUUCCUCCGAGUUCCAGAACCUCAUGAUGAGGGAUCUUAACAGCUCUAUCGACAUCACUCGUUUGCCUUCCCCCACCUCCACCGGGGGGGUCAUGCCAUCCCGCUCCCAGAUGAGUUUUCAGGACCGCGACCACCCUCAUCGAGCCUCCAAAGACAUGUUUUACGUCUCCCGCCCGCCCCUGGCCCGCUCCAGCCCAGCGUACUGCACAAGCAGCUCGGACAUCACAGAGCCAGACCCCAAGGAUUCCCGAAUGAACAGCGUGUCUAAUCUGCAGUCGGUGGACAUGCUCAACUCCUCCCAGGCCUCCAUCGCCGGCAUGGGCAGCUUCGGCGGGCUGAGCAGCGGAGGCGGUGGCGGCCUGGGGUCGGGCCUGAGCAGCCAGCUGCGGGCUGGUGGGAGGUUGUCAGCUGGCUCUGGCGGCUCCAGUAUGUCCGGCGGCCUCCGGCUGAGCCAGCUGAGCCAGAUGGGCACCACCUCCGACUCGCUAUCCCAGCAGCAGCAACAGCAGGCCGCCGCCAUGCGCUACCCGCUUUCCUUCCAGAAUCCCCUCUUUCAUCUGGCGACGGCUGACGGCCCCCAGCACCACCAACUCCAUCACCAGCACAGCCGGGCUCAACCCCCAGCCCCCAUUCUACUGGCCCCAGACCCCGAGCCCUCUCACCAGUCCUACAUCCCACAGUUUGCCCAUGGGGGGUUCUCCCGCAGUGAGGAUCUGUCCACCCUCAGGACCAGGGACGGGCACCUGGGCCAGCCCAGCAUCAUCCACUCUCACAGCUACAGCGACGACUACAGCAGGGCCGACUACGGCCGCAGGCAGAUGUCCAUGCACGUGCAGGAUAAUCUCCAGCAGCAACAGCAAAUGAUGGGCAUGGCCUCGCAGACUGGGACCUCCCACUCUUCCCUGGCCACCACACCCCCAUCCACAGUCCAACCCAUGCGCCAGAGUUCAGUUGCUCCGCCUCCCAGCCAGCGUGUCAAGUCCCAAACCUCCCACCAGCUGUCCGUCAGCUCGGCCGCCGGCCCCGCCGCUUCUGGGAAAAGCCGGCCGCAGAGCGGGAACCUCCUCCAGUCGCCGGAGUCCGGCUAUGGCGGCAGGCCGCGGCAGUUGUCGGUCAAAGACAACACGGCCCCGGGGCUUCCCCACCAGCAGAGCUCAGUCAGGGAAAGCGGGAGUCCGCAGGGGACGACCAGCCAGAGCGCUCAGCAGUCCCCGCAGCAGAAAACCCAACAGCACCUUCUCAAACCCACAAUGUCCAAACAGGGCUCACAGACUCCAUCUACCCUGAACCCCCCGACCCCGGCGAAUGAGCGGACGGUGGCCUGGGUGUCCAACAUGCCUCAUCUGUCAGCAGACAUAGAAAGCUCGCGGAUCGAUCGUGAGGACUACAAACUGAAGGAGUACUCCAAGAGCAUGGAUGAGUCGCGCAUGGACAGGGUCCGAGAGUACGAGGAGGAGAUCAACUCUCUGAAGGAGCGACUGGUGAUGUCUCACAAAAAGUUGGAGGAGUACGAACGGAGGCUCCUCCUACAGGAGCAGCAGACCAAUAAGAUCCUCCUACAGUACCAGAACCGCCUGGAGGACAGUGAGCGGAGGCUACGACAGCAGCAAGUGGAGAAAGACUCCCAAAUUAAAGGAAUAAUUAGCAGACUCAUGGCUGUGGAGGAUGAGAUAAGGGGAGGACCCGUUCUUGAGCCAAAAACCCGGAUAUUCGCUGAUCAGGAGGACCAGCUUUCCUCCCUGGGUUCUGCAGACCCCGGUGUGAGAACUGAAGGUGGAGGGGGAGGAGAAGGAGGAGCGCUUGCCGACGAUCAAGGCCUCAGAGUCUCUUCCUCUGACUCUUCGCCCCACAAUGGAGUCCUCCCCCAAACUGUAGACUCUCCCUCCCUGCCCACUCCUCAUCAGCAUCCUAGUCUGAAUGGAGAGCUCCGUGGCAACUCCCCCAUGACAACCUCACAAGCAACGGGCGCUACGGCAACAGACUUAGCAGAAUAAGGGGGAGUAGGUCAAACACGAGCUGAAUCAGAGAGAGAUGACACAAAGACGAAACGCCGUCCUCUGAUAAAUCUUUCAAAAGAGUCGUUAAGAGAGAGAAGAACGCGGGAGGCGAACAGAGAUCUUUCAGCUGCUGCACAGCGACUAACACAUAAGGGCUCUUUAACGGACACUUGCUCUCUUGAUUGUAUCAGUCUUGCGGGACAAGCUGAUGAUACAAACUUUGAAUCAAGUCACUUUGUGAACACCUGCUGUGUGAACUGUCUUUGACUCUGUGAUGUGAGGAUUAAAGCGCUGUACACGCACCCAAAGAUGAGCUGCGAACCAGCUCGUAGUGACCCCCAACGGAUGCAGACGCAUCAACAAACCAGAGGCUGCCAGUCGGUUUAGAGAUGCGAUGCAGUCUGGCUUUCCCAGUGCCUUUGAGAGUUUUUAACAGGGUUUUCCAACACACCUUUGUUGGCGAGGAAGGCUAACCUCUGAGCUCCUGCAGGUUUUCUCUUCUCAAUAUCAGAACCGACAUGUGUCAAACUGGUGCUAAACAGAAACAAACGGUGCCAUUUUUUUCUCUAGUCUGUGUUUGCCAUAGCACUGCCUCUGUCAUGACUCGCCGUCCUCUCUCUGCUGUAGUUUUGUCUCUGACUGUCCCCCACGUUUAUGUUCCGUACGUGUUUCCUUUUGCAUCACGUGUUGUCCUUCUGUCUGCUCAAGUCUUAAAAGAACUGUUUCCUGGCUCAAAUAAUCAAAGGAGAGGAGGAUAAACUGGAGGGUUUAUGCAUUACAGUUUACUACAGAAUGUAAAAAAAAUGCAGGUUUUUCAAACCUGUUUUAAACCAAUUUUAACUUGUUCUAUUUUCUUAAUUUGCCUUGAAGUGCCUGGGAUAAAUACACUGAGUAUCCUUCGGCCAGCAACCAACGAGAUUGUCAACAGCCGAAUGCACCUUACAAAGCCUUUCGUGCAGCCCGAUUCACAAAGAUGAAAACCUUUUUUUUGUCUGGUUUUCACUUUUAAGGUUGGAUAAAAUGAGUGAAACUGGUUCAAACUUCACCUGUUCAAUGUGCUUAAAAUGUGCUUCUGUAUUUGUUCCAUGCUUUCAUGCGCCUUCAUUUGUGCAGGUCUGUUGUUGUGUUGAACCGCCAAACAUCGGUAACUCCAGCAGGCUUAACACAGGUCAUGUAGGGCUACUUCCUCUUUCGUGUGUGACAUAAAUGUUGGAUUCAAAGUUGGCUGAUGAUUGAGAAUUGCUGUGAAAAUACCUCUGUGACUCAGGUAAACAAGCAGUUGCCUCAGAGCUGAACAUGAGAAAAUAAAGAAAAAACUUUGGCGAGGCUGGCUCAAUGCUUUAACAGCACCUGAUCAAGCUUCCUCCCCCGUUUCUUCUCUCUCUGUCUCCCUGUGUUUUCCCCUUAGCCACUCUCACAGCUUCAUGGAGGACAAUGUGGAACCUAAUUGGCUGAUGCACCACCGGCAGUCGUCAGGGUGGCACGGCCAAAUGUCCAGAGCCCUCUCUCGCGACGCGAUUGGCUGACAAAGGGAGAACUUGGGGCAUUGGCCCCAUUUUCUUUGUUCAAAGGAUGGUGCAGAGCCCCUGAGGACCAUGUGAGGACAUGCUGGUGGUGGUGGGGGGGCGCAGUUAUUUCCACUUUGCUUUGGCCCUCUCUCUCUGAUUUUUCAAUGUGUUUGACACCUCGUUGUUGGAUCUGCAUUUUACCCAAAAACGGCGGGCUGGGCGGCGCCCGAGGGCCCGCCGAGCAUGCAAAGAACAGCUAUGCAGUCGGAUCAAUCCGCAGAAACGGAGGAACACACAGGCCAAGGACUGCCGGACGCUGCAAUCCAGAGAGAAGGGGGAUAUUUUCAAAGGUGCUCGACUUCUCUUAAGAUUUCCCUUGAAUUUUACUUUCAUAGCAUUUAUUUCCCUCCUAUUUGAUUCCCCCUAAAAACUGUGUUCCCGCCCGUCGUACCCCUCUCUCAGACUUUGGUUUUAAACUAAAUAUGCACAGCCUAAUUCAAAAAAACUGCUCAACUCGCUUUGAGGCAAACGGACAGAAUGUUGCUCCUUUAUAUUUCUACGAUUAUUCUUACAAUUCAACACACUGCAUCAGAAAUCUUCCAGAGAAGAUGUUUAUUUAUUGACAGUUGAAUCCGUUUUCUACGAACUGAGUUUUCAUACUGAGACAAUCCGAAGGACCGAGGGACGAGCUUGUGUUUCACCUACUCCUCCCGCCCAAAGAGAAGAGGUUGUUGGUAGUGACGGCACUUUAGGAAAAGGAGAAAGACUUGCAACGGUCGCCAUGGAGCUCUCCAUUUAUGGACGAUGCAAAGGUGGUGGUUUUGUACCCACUCUCAAAUAUCUGUGUGUAGGGUUGGGGGGGAACAAACUCGUCAAACUUUGUUUUCAUGGACGGAGUUUUAAAAAACACAAAUCUGACUGAAACCAGGACAGAGAGAGAGAUAUGUUAGAGGUUCUGCUGAAACGAGUGAAUGUGUUUGUGUAUAUACACUUGUGUGUGUGUGUGCUGGCUUUGUGUAAAUACUGCAUAUAGAUGUGUAUAUAUGGUAUGUCUAUGUGUAUAUACGGUUUGUAUAUGCAGAGUGUACAGUUAUUUUUUUCCUCUCAUGUUUCUCUCUCUUUCUAUGACUAGGUCUUCUCAAGUUACCAGUUCUGAGGCGUGAGCAGGUUUUUACAUUCUGGCACUUUUCUGCAGACUUGUACUAUCCGCAGUCUGCCAUUUAUUGCUACACAUUUGAAGCUUGAGACAUAAACACGACAUAACUCAACUUUAAGCUUGCACUCGUUUUCUGAUCAACACUUUUCUAAGUCGAUUUUGGGUGACCAAGCAAUGUUUGUACAUAAUCUAGACCCCUGAAACCUUUCGUUUCUUUCUAAAAAGUUCUCAGUCCUCCUAUGAGUUUAUCCGUUUCAUACCUAUGAUUUAUGUUCGCAGCUCGGAUUUACAGAGGUAUAUAUAUUUAAUCUUAGGUAUUUCUCCCUAAAUUCUUUCUCGUUUGGAAGCGUUUUAAUGCAGAGGGUGAACCUUCCAUGAAAAUAUGCCGUCGUUACUUAACACUGCUUGUUUUUGUAUAGGUCUUUACUAAAUAAGUGUGCCUCCCCCCCUUAUACUCUUACUAACCAUUGAUGCGUUUGCACUGCUGGUCACAUAUCUCCAUAAACCCCUUGACAAGCCAUAACCCCCCCCCCAUUCCCUCCCUACUCUCCUGAAAAUCUUCUCUAUUGUUGUUUUGACAAACAGGCAUUUGGAGAUUUUGUGUAUAUUAAUGGAAGAGUGCUGUUGAAGUUGCAGUUGUAUAUGGAUUUGUUAUGAAUGUGGAUACUCUGAUCAUUGAAUUAUUAUUGUAAUAAUGAUAAUAAUUAUUGCCUCUUUGAUUUAGUUGAUUGAUUUCUUUGACGCGGUUGAUGAAGAUGCCAUUGUUCCUACUCUUCUUUCUUUCCUUCUUUCUCUUUUUCCUUUGGAAAAACGCUGGAGUUUAUAUUUUUCGGCUGGGUGAAACUGGAGAUAGUAAUACGUACAUAAAUUAACAAAUAAAAAAAAGAAUUGAAAUUCUUAACUUUGA